AUGCGACUCACGACGUGGCAAAGCGCUGGCGUGGCCGUGCUUGUCGCGACGGCGCAGCCCUUCCUGGCGUCAGCACGGAAUGUUCAUGUGAAUUUGACGGCCAGCUGGCCCAGCUCGCCGCUGUUCCCGCUUCUGGAAACAAGUGAGUUCUUAGCGGAGGAGAAUCCGCUGUACUUCUGGCAAUUCCUGGAUGAAAUUGGAGCGCGCACGUCGUACGUGACGCUCGUGAGCGAGGACGUGGACGAGUUGGGGGUGCUUGCCAUGGCGGUCGCUGAGACGAUUGCGCCUGGCUCAAAAAGUAUCUUGGAGGUGAUGCUGGCGACACGUACGUACUCGGUCAAGGUGGAGAUGUUUCGUCAGCUGGGACUAGACUCGGGCUUUCGUCCGUGCGAAGCUGAUGCGGACACGUGGGCAGUGUUCUACCAGGAACCACAUUGCGUCGAGUCCGUGGCCUGCUCUUUGACUGAGCUAGAGGCGAUUCUAGUGGGCAAGAAGCAAGAAUCUAACAAUCAAGCGUGUAUUGCCACCGGUGUGAAUGAUGUCGAGCUGUCCGUGGACCACAAGUAUCCGUACAUUACGUCGGGCUCGAAGACGCCCGUGUCGGUGAUUCUCUAUGGACUUGUGGGCACGGAAAAGUUUCACAAUUUUCACUCGAGACUGGUGAAGCAAGCACAACACGGCAAGAUCCGGUACAUGGUGCGUCAUUACCCACGUGACUCGCCCUUGGAGACAUUGUUGCAAGGAUAUGGUGUGGCUCUGGAUGUCAAAAACAUGGAGUACACGACUAUUGAUGAUUCGAGAAAGACAGGAGAUGACGAUGGGGUUGAACUUGACGAGGGAGAUGACGAGGAAGGAAGUGAGGAAGACGACGUUGACGACGAAGAGGUCGAAGGUAUAUUUUUCAAGCCUUUGAUGACUCGUCAUAAAGCCAUUGCUGGUGAUCUGAGACAGUUUUACGACAUCCUGGUCAAAAAGGCGGACGGCGAGCAAGAGCAUGAGCUCAAGGCCUGGCAUUUAAACGAUAUGGGCGCAAGCGCUGUGCGUGCGAUAGUGGAUGCUAAGAAUCCGCUGAAGAUGCUGGAAACACUUUCACAGGACUUCCCUCUGCAAGCGAAAAAGCUUGCGUUCUCGCGGAAGUCAAUCUCGACAGAGCUCCGGGAUGGAAUUUUUUCCACACGUAUGCUUGUUGCGAACAACAGGCUUACCAAUAUGUUCAUUAUGAAUGGUAUUGCGGUCGACCCAAUGGAACGCUCGUUCAACGUGUUUGACUUCAUGAAGACGCUGAAGAAAGAGUGGUCUGUGGCCAAGCAACUUGGUCGUUUGCCCUUGAACCAGACGGAACUUGAGGAAAUGUUGAUGAAUGUGCGUGAAACAAGCCAAACGCAAUCUGCAGUUCGUAUUCAUGUGCGCGGACCUAUGGAUGGCACGACACCGUUAUACCUGAACAACAUUGAGACUGAUGCGGAAUAUGUUGAUUGGCCGUCUGAUGUGAGCGCGCUCAGACGACCCGCCUGGAACCUCAUUUUCAUUCGCAAGAAUAUGUAUGAAUGCGUACUUGUUCUUGAUCCACUAACAGGUGCAGGCCGUACAGCACUAUCCCACAUCGGCUAUAUGCGUAUGCGCGGUGCACCUGUGCAAUGGGCUCUCCUGAUAUCUUCGAAUGAGCUGAUGGCAAGCAGAACUCCUGAUGAUCGCCGUGCGUUAGUGGAGAAGUACAAAGCGUUCAGAGGGAUAGAAAAGGCAACUCCCUGGCAUUUUGCAAAGUUGUUAAUGCUGGCUCAGUCCAGGGACGCAACUGAUGCUGGAGCUCGUGGCCAAGGAAACGAGAACGCGCUGGCUGAAAACGAGGACGUAGACGAGGCAGAAGAAGACACCGACCGCGCCCGCUCUACACAAAUCGCUGCAGCGUUCAUGCAGCGUGUUGGUGUAAUUGAUAAGCCGAAUGUUCUGGUUGAACAGCUAGUAGACGCCUACGCCGAAGCUGCCCCCGGCAUCGGUACAUAUGAAGAAAAUGAGGAGGAGGCGUUGGCAUGCCUGAAAGGUGAUCGAUUCGAUAAUGAGGUGCUGGCAAUGACCGAUUUCAUCCAUGCGAAGCACGUACCGUUGGGUUCGUUCGUCUUCAAUGGCGUGGUUCAGAAGGACCUGGAUAUCCAGCGGUCAACGAUGGCCAACUUCGGCCGUGACCAACCACUGUAUGUUGACUUGGCUCACCGAGGCAUGCUGGACGACGAUAUGGAUCUUGUCGAGGAACUCAUGGCUGCUCAAGACACGUACCCAGUUUACUCGUCAAUUUUUGAGAGCCCGGAACGAAGUCACGCAGCUGGCGUUAGAUCGGGAGCACAAAAGCAUCUUUUUGCUGAUGAUGUGGAUGGUCGACUGGAGGCUGCAGCUCGGUCUGCAAUCUCGUAUCUGCAUGCGCCUGGCUCUAGAUCCUUGCCGAAAAAGCAGACGAUCAUUUUCCCAGCAGACCUGGACAAUUUGCGGGAUGUCAGUCACGCCUAUCGACUAGUGAAGACUGUACUUGAAGAUUCCAAGCAGUUCUUACGCGUUGGCAUUGUGCCUCAACUGAACGGCGAUGACAAAGGCAGGCAAAUGAGCGAUACGGGAAAGCUGGUGACUGCCAUUCUUGCCGCAGUGGGUAACUCGGACUGUGAAGCCUACCUUAAGUUCAUUCUGGAAGCACUGGACUGUGUUGUAAAGCAGAGGUCUGUCGAUGCGACGAAGACAAAACUCGUAGAAAUUUGGAAAAAGACGAAGGGGGAAGACGGGAGCAAAGAUCCGGUGCAUGAUAAGGUUCUGAUCCUCUUGAACGGCAACACAGGCAGAUGGCUGACCACUAAACAGCGUAAUGUGCUUUCGCAAUUUGACAUGCUCUUGCGCUCACGGUUCCCGCCUUUAUUGGAAGAGAACAGUCAGGAGGGCUCAUUCGAGAUUGCUCUUCCGCAUUUGUUUAUCAAUGGAAAGCAAGUGAGUCUCCCGUCGCAGACGUUGUUGGAUGAAGACGUGGCCACUAUCCUGGACUUUGACCUCAAGUACCGUUCUGAGCCUGUGGCUAAGGCACUCAUCGAGCAUACUGCCAGCAUGAAAAUUAAAGCUGCUGACAAACUGAGUUUUGAUGUCAUGAAGACUAUCGGCAUUGUUGAUAAGUACAUGAGGACCGAGCGGGCAUCACGCCUGACGAUAGAUGAGAAUGCUCUUAACGCUAUUCGGCUUCCGGGAGAUCCAUCCCUUCAUGUUGCAGUCUAUGUUGAUCCGCUAUCCGAAGCCGCGCAAGUGAUCAGCUCUAUGCUUCGGAUGCUGCACUCACAGUUGAAUGCUACCAUUGAGCUGGUACUGGUACCUGAAGACGAGUACACAGAAUUUCCGUUGAAACGUUUCUAUCGAUACCUGUUUGAGAAGAGGCCAUCUCUUGCCGCCACAAGCGUCGAGUUUCGUAAAUUGCCUAUUCAGCCAAUCUUCACCAUGAAAAUUGAUACCCCUGAGGCCUGGAAUGUACAGACCCUUUACGCGGGUGACGACUUGGACAAUUUGAGAGUGGACCCUGAAAGUCUGACAGCGGUGAAAUCUACGACUAGAGCUGUGUUCCGAUUGGAGAGCCUCUUGGUGUACGGCCAAUGCCGUGACAUGACCUUUGACUUGUACGCGCCUCCCAACGGACUACAAUUGGUUCUUGAGCGUGAAGUUGGUGCUCAGCUGCUGCACCGCGACACCGUUGUCAUGCAGAACCUGGGAUACUUUCAGCUUCAGGCGACGCCCGGCGCUUGGUCCCUACGCCUGGCAAAGGGUAGAGCCGCUGAGCUUUUCGACAUUGUUGACCCAGGCACAGACCUCCCUUUGGAGUCCCACCCUGUGAUUGUUUACGAUUUUGGCUCUCAAGUUGUUCAGCUGCUCGUCCGUAAAAAGAGUGGCAUGGAACGCGAAGAGCUACUUCGGUUAGACGAAACCGUAGCUGCGACAGACGAACUGAGUGCCGAGUCUGACGCGAAAUCGUCUGGCAAGGAUGAUGGAGCUCUUCGUUCGUACUGGAGCUCGAUGAUAAACAUGAUGGGCAAGCAUGACAAUGAGGUGGAAAAGAAGCCUCAAGCUGCAGGUGAUGAAACUAGCCAGACAGAGUUGACUGAUGCAGUUAGUGCCCGCACACGGCCUACUGAGCGUAGCGGAGAGACCAUUCACGUGUUUUCGGUUGCAUCCGGUUAUCUGUACGAACGCUUCGUUAAGAUCAUGAUGUUGAGUGUUCUCAAGCGUACCAAGAAUCCGGUGACGUUUUGGCUGCUCGAGAACUUCUUGUCGCCUGACUUUAAGGCGUCGAUUCCAGUGCUGCGUGAACAAUUCGGCAUGGACAUUCGUCUCGUUACUUAUAAGUGGCCCAAUUGGCUACGUCAGCAGACUGAGAAGCAGCGCAUUAUCUGGGGCUAUAAGAUUCUUUUUCUGGAUGUGCUGUUCCCACUUGGCGUGCAAAAGGUCAUUUACGUCGAUGCGGACCAAGUAGUGCGCGCCGAUCUGAAGGAACUUCUGGAACUCGACAUGGAAGGGAAACCAUACGGGUACACGCCGUUUUGUGAUUCUCGCAACCUCGGGUUCCAGUUUUGGCGUCAAGGUUACUGGAAGGACCACUUGCGUGGAAAACCAUACCACAUCAGCGCCCUGUACGUGGUUGACCUGGUGGUCUUUCGUCGGAUGGCUGCGGGUGACAUCUUGCGUGCAACUUACAGCCAGCUAAGCGCCGACCCGAACUCACUGGCGAACCUUGAUCAAGAUUUACCAAACUAUGUCCAACGCCAGAUCCCUAUUUUCUCGUUGCCACAAGAGUGGCUUUGGUGUGAAUCGUGGUGCAGCGACGAGACCAAGGCCGUCGCAAAGACGAUUGACUUGUGCAACAAUCCGAAACACAAGGAGCCGAAGCUGGACAUGGCCAAGCGCAUUAUCGCUGGAGAACUCUUUGACGAAUCAUGGAUUGAGCUCGACCAAGAGAUCAAGGACGUCGAGACACAGUAUGCUGCUCAUUCUGCUGUGUAG